AUGUUGGCGCAAAACGAUAAACUAGCACCCAAACUCGAGACUAUCAUCAGCCCAUGGACUCAUGACUUCUACAAGUGCUACGUAAGUCCAACGGCUUUUUUCUUCGCUUUAGUACGUCUUGAAAAAUACUGUGCUCCGCGGACUCGUACACCGAGAGCGCGUAAACCCCAUGUGGAUUACUACGUUGCCUUCCUUCUUAUCUAUCUCUUGAUGAGGAUGCCUCAUUGA